GCAGCAGUUGUAAUCAGUGUCGUCGUAGUUGUUGUGUGAAUUAUCCCUUGGAUCGUGCUGGUCACGCUUCGAAGCACACUCGUACAUCGUAAUUGAUUAAUUUAGGGGACGAUUCGUCACGGGGGGAGGGAUUUUGUUAGAGGCUAUGCCGCUGCUAACCUGCAAACGAAACGGUACAAUCGUGCCCCGCGCGCGGGGGUCAUCCGCCGGCUAGUAGUAGUCGUAGUACCAGUGCCGCGAGUGAUACCGAUCGAUACCGAUCGCUAAAACACACUACACCGCAGUGACCGAAAAAAGAUAAACACAAAAAUCAUCAAAAUAACAAUGAUCUCGAUGCGAAAACUGCGAUCGCUCGUCGUUUGCGUCUUCGUAGUGGUGUGCUACUGUGGCGGUGGCGUCAUUGCCGAGGGCAGCGGAAGCGACGACGAUAAUCAACGACAAUACAGCUGGAGGGACAACUCGACGGAGAUGCUGCUGAACAGGUGCCGGCGUGAUUGUGCCAUUUACAGGAACGUGAUGAGCUGCGGCAAGUUCAAGGCUCUGCAGUGGAUCGACAAUGCCGUGAAGGAGAAGGAAUACGUGUACGGCCCGUUGAAGAUCAUCAAGCUGCCGGCGUCGGCGGCGAGCGGCGAACGCUUCCUUCCCCCGUUGCCGCGCUCGAAGAAGCCCAGCCUCAUGUCCGAUACCAUGUACUUUUUGCGCGAGUCCGCCGAGGAGCUGCUGACCAGGCGAGCGCUCGUGUACACCGUGGAGCAGCCGCAAGGCGCCAGGAGUCUCGGUUCGAGCGGCAUCAUGGUGCUGGACGAGGAGGAGCUCGGCCAGAUGCAGAGAGCCCGGACUUUCGACGUGACGUUCACGGCCGACGGCAAAAAUCGUCUGUUUCACAAAAAAAAGAAGAGCAUCAUCCUGCCGAUUCUGAUCCUGCUGAAUCUGCUGAAAUUAAAACUGAUCCUCUUGCCGAUAUUCUUCGGCGUGCACUUCAUCAAGAAGCUGCUGGUGCUCGGCUCUCUGCUGCUGCCCUCGGUACUGUCCCACCUGAAAGUCUGCAAAAUAGCCCAGCAGCCCUAUCAUCAUCAUUUCUGGGGUCACAAUUCAGCCGAAUAUCCACCGGUAGAUUAUCCAGCCUACGGACCCGAGGACGCCUGGGAUCACCGAAACGACGUGGCCUCGCCACAGGGCGGCUACGGCGCCGGCCACUAUCCCCACAACUUCUACAAUCCGUUCUAUUAUUACUUUCAAAAUUACAACAAGCAGAGGCGGUGAUUCCAACAGGCACACACAUCGUAGGAGCUCCGUUACAUUAUG